AUGGAUGCCAGUAAGGAAGCCGUUUCGCCGGAAACUACGACAACCGACCUCAUAGACCUCGGAGAAGAAGAGACGAGCAACGCCCCCCCUCAAGAGACUUUGCAAGAGACAUCAUUCGCGAAGGGAAAACAAAAACAACUUGAGGCAGAGCCGACCGAAAAGAUUCAAACCCUCCGUCUGGACGACACGAAAGCCGACUCUGGCCCUGCCUCAACAACUCCGAAAGACCUGCCAUCCGUCCCGCCUCCACCAGAGCCUCCGUCCGAGAACGAGAAACCUUACCUCGAUCCCACCCCCAAAACUCCAGUUGUGUCGAGGCACCCAUCGGUUAGAGGCGCAGUAGAAGAUUAUAACGAGAAAGACAGUGCCUAUAACCAAGAGAACCAAGAUGCCGCGGUUGAUGUCCCGUAUCCCAAAUCGAGUGGCGAGAAUGACACCGAGUCCAGAUCAGAAAUCCAGAGCAUUAUGGGUCAAUUCGAGGAUGCAUCGGUUGCCCCAUCUAAAGAAGAAAUCAUGUCCCCGAGACACGAACUAGCAGGGCCUCUUCUUGGAACAGGCAGUGGCUAUCCGCCACGAAGGUCGAGCUUGGAACAUUUACGCGCGAGAGACAUGGAUACGAUCGCGACUUCGCCGGCGAUCCCUCACUCUGAGAAGCCGUUGCCCUCACCGCCCUCCGGUGCUGUCCAUGACGAAGCCGGCGGCGGAGUGAAAAGCCCGUCCCUGAAAGGUGCAGCUGUGGCCUCAACAUCCUCUCUUCCCUUGCAGCCACCUCCUCCUGAGCCAGAACCAGAACUGCCGUUUGAUUUUCACCGAUUUUUGGAACAACUUCGACACAAAUCAGCCGAUCCGGUGGCCAAGUUUCUGCGGUCGUUUCUGACCGAGUUCGGGAAGAAGCAAUGGAUGGUACACGAGCAAGUCAAGAUCAUCGGCGAUUUUCUCGCCUUCAUCACAAACAAAAUGGCUCUUUGUGAGGUGUGGCGCGAUGUUUCUGAGAACGAAUUCGAUAACGCCAAAGAAGGGAUGGAAAAGCUUGUGAUGAACAGGCUCUAUUCCCAGACGUUUUCACCUGCAAUCGCGCCGCCUGCCGCGCCGCCCGCUCGCUCUCGAUCAAGAGGCCGGCGAAAAGAUUUGGAAAAGAGUCUCAUGCCUGGGAGACGAGGCCAGCAUCAGGAAGAUGUAGAACGCGAUGAGAUCCUUGCUCAAAAGAUUCGAAUCUACAGUUGGGUCAGGGAAGAGCAUCUUGAUCUCGAGCCGGUGGGGCCCAAUGGCGAGAGAUUUCUCAAACUUGCGCAGCAAGAGCUGUUGAAAAUCAAAGGAUAUCGUGCCCCCCGAGACAAAGUCAUCUGCGUCCUCAACUGCUGUAAGGUUAUUUUCGGCUUGUUGAAGAAUACAAAGAGCUCAGACACUUCGGCGGACUCAUUUGUGCCGCUACUCAUCUACGUCGUUCUUCAAGCCAAUCCGGAGCACCUGGUAUCCAACGUACAGUAUAUCCUACGGUUCAGAAAUCAGGAGAAGCUUGGAGGUGAGGCAGGGUACUAUUUGUCUUCCCUGUCAGGGGCAAUCCAGUUCAUUGAGAGCCUGGAUCGCACGAGCUUGACCGUAAGCGACGAAGAGUUCGAACGGAAUGUCGAGAUUGCCGUGUCCCAGAUCGCCGCUCAAAAUCGCGAGGCCGAAGCUGUCAGCCCGCGCGCAGGACUUUCGGAGAAAUCGGGUCCAGCCGAAUCAGAGCUGACACCUAGAAACUCGACGGAUGUGGCUUCUAGCAGCCCGACCCGAAGGGACUUGAGUCGCCUCAACACUAGCUCUGAAGGCGGUUCAGACGAUAGUGUCACAGGCCUUUUACGUACCAUUCAACGACCGCUGUCGACGAUUGGAAAAAUAUUCUCUGACCAAGAAACUUCGCAGGAACGCAGAGCUACCUCGAGCCUGGCGCCACAGAGUGCUCCUCGAUUGAGUCCAGCCGUAUUCCAACCUCCACGUGAAGGAGGAGUUGCUGCUUAUGAUGCGCAAGAAGCGGCAGCAAGACAAGCGAGCGCUGAAGCCGCAGAAGCUCGACGGAUUCAACUUGCAGAGCACAGGACGGUGGUUGAGACAUUGUGCGGCAUGUUCCCCAACCUCGACAAAGAGGUGAUUGAUGAUGUGGUGCGACAGAAGGAGGGUAGAGUCGGCCUGGCUGUGGACGCUUGCCUGACCUUGACUGCUGGGAGUUGA